CCCCCCCCCCCCGACCAACUUCGCAGCAGAUCAUUCCAACAUAGCAUCCGUCUGUCCCACUUCCCAUCAUGGUUACGCAAGAUUUUGCGGCAAAAGCCCUCGAAGGAGUCUCCAAACUCGUCAAGCAUACGGCUGCUCCCCCACGACGCGCAAGGGCUGCCAGUGCCAACUGCUCUCACAUCGACAUGGACCGCCUGUACACGAGAGAAAAAGUCUGCUGUUUAUGCCAGCGUCCUCCGAGCAUGGGCUUCCUGUACGUCUGCCGUGCAGAUAGGGAAUGCCGUCGCUUUGCCGCCACGCAGGCUCUGCUCGACACGGAUCCCGAUGAUGAGCGUAAGAGUAUGUCACCGCUGCGUCGAGAACUCGCUGAAGCCGGAUUGAGCGAAUCCGUCAUCCGGCAGGCGGAGCAAGGAGUAUACACUGCCGCCCAACUCGGGAUACUGAAGAAGCAGAAGUUGGUGCUCAAGCAGACCAUCCAAGACACUUACCAGGCUGAGCAUGCCCUCUCCGUCGCUGCUCGAUUAGAAGCGGAGGCCGAGGCGAAGGCCGAAGCGGGACCCUCACAGGUUCUGGGUGUAGGAAGGCCACCUUUCCCUCCCUCUAAAGUUGACGAUCCGGUCAAUCCUCCCUGCAAAGUCCGCGUCUGCCCUGCUUGUCGGCCUUAUUUCCAAGACCGCGUCUGGGCCUCCAUCGGCCGCAUCGCAGGAGAAGAGCUCCAGCCUCUACGCACCUGUGAAGCCAAAAAGCUCCCUGUGAAAGACGCUCGUCCCCUUCGUACCAUCGGCCUACGUCCCAACCCCCUUCCUGCUCCCUCCGCCGAUCCUCUCCCGACAACAGACGAAAACACACCAACUACAUUCAGCACGUCGGCGGAUCUCUCCUCCAUCUCAUCCUCCGCUUUCGGCGAAUCAGAAGAAGCCAGCAUGGUCACCUUCAAAACAACACAGACGGAUGUCUCCUUCCUUGACCGCAUGCGCGAUCCCCGCCGCCGCUUCUACGCCCUCACCCAUCGCUCUUCUACCUCGAUUGCGCUCAAGUUGACGUCGCGGCCACUGCAGGGCAUGCGCGAAACCCUCAAGUCGAUCUUCAAACCGAAGGAUCGCGAAACCAAAAUGGAGCGGAGUCAUUUCCCAUCUUCGUCGGGCUUCUCGUCAACGGUGGAUAAGUCGAGCAUAACGCUCCCCCUGCCUCGUUCCGGGACUGCGCGGAGUAUGGCCAGGGGGUUGGUCGAGGGUGAGCGUGUCAGGGAGAUGGAUCUUGGGCCGCUGAGGCGCGUGAGGAGGCAGAAGGAACGGAUUGAGUUUGAGACGGGAGUGGUUAGGGGUGGGUUUGAGAUUGGGCCUAGGUUGAGGGUGGAGGUUCCCAAGGGGAGGAGCGUAGAGUUGGAAGAUGCGGAUGAGCGAGAAGAUAGUACUCCGGCGGUUAGACUGGCUGGGUCACUACGUUUGGGUGGGGGAGGAGAGGAGAGUGAUGCCGGGAGCGAGGUUUCUGUCGAAGGAGGCGUGGCGCUUACGGAGGAGGCGGUGGAGACGCAGACGCCGGAUGUGGUCGAUGUGCUUGUGGAUGUGUAUGGGGACGAGCGGACUGCGGCGAAUGGGAGGGAGGCUGCUAGUGAGGGAGGCGAGUGGGCUGGGGAAGGUGAAGACGCUGGUGAGGAUGAGGUUGGAUUUGAAUUGGAUGAGGAGGAGACGGUGGCUUGGACGAGGGCUGAGAACGUCAUCGCGCAGCUUUGAAGAAAAAAGGUUUAUCACGCAGCUUUGAAGAGCGGGGAAGUUGAAGGUCUGGUCGAGUGAUUGGGAAAUGGAGGGAGAGGAAAUAUGGGCAUUACAGAGGAAGAUGCUUGUUUCCUGCCUGGAUAUGGCUGGGUUGGGCGGCGUUUGGCAUACCCAUGGCGUUCUUCUGGGUGCGGCAUAUGGCAUGCUAUCAUGAAGUCGGGCAAGUAGGGAAUGGCGCAGUCGGUAAUAUUGGCGGAGUCUCACUAUUCAUGGAGUCGCGAUAGGAUCUUUAACGGGCGGAUGAUUCCCUUGUCUUAUCUCGAUUCCGUCACAAGUAUAUCUUGCUUCUUCUGGCGCUUGCUCCUUUCUCCUUGCCUUCCCUGAUAUCGCCUCAGGGCGGCAAGCGAAGGAC